CAGACUGAGAGUUGGCGUCGUUUGUACUGCAGGUAAAGCGGGACAGAUUUGUCAACAAGAUUUGAUGCGUUUGGCCGUUUGCGCAGGAAAAUGAGACGGACGCGUUAAACGGCGCUGGAGCUGGGUUUGAUCUUCUAUUUGAAAAGGCUGUAGAGAGUUUAGAAAGAAAAAGGAGAGAGCUACAACACCUUGGCGUCUUGGCGAAAAAAGGAAAAGGGAUCCCGUUGUCACCGUUUGGUCGGUAGCACGCAUUUCUUCGCCAAGGAACUUCGAAAGCUGCGGGGUUUUAAAACAUCCAACAAAGAAUGAAAUCUGUUAAAAGAGUCUUUGAAGAGGAGCAUGGUGGAGAGACCGAGUUUUCCGCCAUGUCGGACAGUGACCCCUGCGAGGACGAUGGUUACCCGCUCAAUCUUUCCACCAGUGCAGGAGGAGCAGGGGGCUCUGCCAAACGCCGCCGUCGAGGGAACCUACCUAAGGAGUCUGUUCAGAUUCUAAGGAGUUGGUUGUAUGAGCAUCGCCUCAAUGCCUAUCCCUCUGAACAGGAGAAGCUCAGCCUAUCAGGGCAGACGAAUCUGUCUAUCUCACAGAUCUGCAACUGGUUCAUCAAUGCCAGGCGACGGUUGCUUCCUGACCUGCUCAGAAAAGAUGGGAAAGACCCAACUCAGUUCACUAUUUCACGCCGUGCUGGAAAAAUGGACAGUCGACCUACUGAAUCUUCCUCUCCAGACCACUCUACUCCACUUUCUGUAUCUGCACCUCGCCCCUCUGUCAUCCGGCCCGCCCCAAUGCUUGACCUGAGCAUGCUUGGUAAUACAGCAACAGCCAUUUUAGCAGGUGCUGGCUGCCUGGUGGGAUCCAGUGCAGCAAGUCGAGAUGGAGUUAUGGCUCUCAUGCAGAUGGACACUCAGGGCUUGAUAAAACGAGAAGGUUUAGCUUCCUCCCCUAACCCCAGCUUCACUACAAUUCCAGUCUCCUCCUCUGGCAGCUCAAGCCUGGGUACGACGAGUCCUACAGGUGUACUGUUUAACACGCCACCCCCUACCCCACCAGAGCUCUGCCCCCAUGAUUUCAGUGACCUGAAGCUGUUGGUGGACGCGGCGUUGCAAAGAGCAGCCGAGCAGGAAAGUCAGAGACAGAAGGAGCAACAGCAACCGCAGUCAGUAACCCCAACUACUGCUCUUUCUGGAUCAGAAGCUCAGAACCGAGAUGUAGAGCCAGAAAGGAGCAGCAAAAGCUUAGUUCCUGUCCCCAGCAACCAGUCGGACUCUGCUCUGAGCCUAGAGGAGAAGGCUGUUCUCCCGGUGUCUGUGCCAGUGUUAAAGGCCUCAGCUGUAGCUCCCCCUGCUGGAGGAUCCAUUGUUAACUUGCCACUGGUGCCCCAGAGGGUCCCUGGAGCUGUGAGUUUCCAGACAAACGGUGUGUGGAGCGUGGUCCACGGCCCAGUCCGACCAGCCAGUCCGACCCCAAGCAGUGUCACGCACACCUGGAGCUCACAACACACACUCCGUGCAGUCAGGGAAACUGUCAACUGAGGUGAAAUUACUAAGUUAUAAGGGGCAAAAAAGACUAAUAACAACUACAUUCCCUUUCAACAGUAAAGUAAAUGCCACUCCUCUGUUGUGGAUUCUCAUUUUUCUGAGGAUGUCCAGGUCCCUAUUGACACAGGAGAAAACCGCCACGUGAUGUCACUGUUGACUCCUGUUGCUCUAACAAUCUACGGUUGUCAUGGAUGUGCUCAGCCAGUUGCUAGAUGACCAGCUGGAAACCGAAUGUCUUGCCUAUGUGUCAGAUAUCCUGAUUGUAGACUGGGCACCAAGAUCUCCUUAUACUGACAGAAAGGAUGUUUUUAAAGCAGAAAACUUUUAAAAUGACUUUUACAUUGUUUUCACUACAUCAUAUGUAUUUAGAAUCUAUCUGUCAUUUCUGCACAACAGCAGUACGGCAUUUGAAAACCAGUUUUCACUUUCAUUUAGAAGGAAGAUUGUAAACCAGGCCUUUUCAGAGUUCCUCACUACCAAGUAAUCAAGGACUUUCAUAAACACCAGCAAAGAGGUACAAGAUAUUGAUCUUUAAAUCCAUGUUUUCUACAUCUUCAUAUCACAUCACCGUAUCUCACUGCUGACAAGACACUUUCUAUAUGGUAGAUUUGCUUUCAGGACUGACAUUUGGGAGAUAAAUAAGUGGCCUUGCUCAGUAUUUGCCUUAGAAAUUUGUGAAAGUUCUUCUGUACUUAAGAACUGUAGUUAGACUGCGUUUGCCUGUAUGCACCAAUGUCCUGUCCUAGGGUUAGAUCAGUAGACUCUUAUGUAGCAUGGCUAGCUAUGUUUGUGUGACUUGUGAAUGCUUCUAGAGAACCAGCAUGCUGUGUUGCAGGUUGCUGAUAGUUUAAAUCUCAGCAUCUGUUCGAGAAAGACUAAGCACCUGUUUUUUGAGGUGUCUGUUUUAAUGUGCAUCCUAAAACCUCCUCCCAUAUUGUAGCCUCAACGUUUAUUCUAUACCUCGUUCCAGUUGCCUGAAACCACUGCAAAUGAAACCACUACUUCCAAAAAUCGCCUUUUCCCAAACUCUUUUCUCUCUUAUGUGUUUAAUUAUGGUCACUCAUACAUUCUGCACUUUAUUUCUGUCUCUUUCGAUGUUUUCAGUACUUCUCCAAAAUUUAAACAGAAACGCUGCUCUUUCCCAAAAUAGGAUGCUAAAGUUUUUUUUCUUUUUUUUUUUUCUUUCUUGAAAUUGUUCCAAAUACCCGCUCCUUUAUGUGUGCAAGUCCGUCUGUCUGUCUGUGUGUGUGUGUGGGGUGAGAUCAAAAGAUGGGAAAGAGGAGACAGACGGGGGGGGGGAAUUGAUUGCACUGCAGAGCACAUAGCUCAGCCUGCCUGUGCCUCUGCAGUGACCUGCUCCAGACAGACAGCAUUGGAGUAAUCAUUAAUUUCUCAAGAGCUGUGGUUUUUUGCCUAUCCUCAUCACACUUUGACUGGGUUGUUGGAGUGUUAUAAUUAGUGUUCUAUGGCGAUUUCACACUGAUCCAGGAUUCUCCAACAAACACAAACACCCGAAAUAAAAGCUGACAAGCCAAAUAAGGCAAUGAGAGUGGAAGAGAAUGCUCCACAAAAAUAAAUGCGAGGGAACAUAUUAGAACUGUCUUGGACAGCUCAAUCCAGAGCUUAGAAUCGAACAGUUCCAAUGUUCACAUUGUUCUAAUGGAGUUUAGACACCUCAACAGUCACACAACGGUUUUAUAGCACAUGAGCCCAGCAUUAAGGUGUGUUGAUGUUUGUGGGAGAAUACUGGGAAUAAAUCAGAUGGGCAUUAGAGGAACCAAGCCUCAACUUAAGCAUGUAAUAUGCCAUGAAUUUGUUUGUGCAUUGGAUAAAGAAGUGAGGUGUGGGUGUGUGUAUAACAGCAUCUUAAAGAGCACCGACCAGCCAUAACAUUAACUGACUACAGUCCACUGCAGUAUGCAGAGAAACUGACCUUUUCGUUCCUCCUUUUACCCUGUUUUUCAAUGGUCAGGACCACCACAGAGCAGGUAUUCUUUGUGGGAUGAGUCAUUCUGUAUUCUAUUCUCAGCACAGCAAUGGCAUGGACAUGGUUGUGUUGUGUUAGUGUUUGUUGCACUGGUACGAGUGAGUCAGACACAGCAAUGCUGUUGUAGUUUUUAAACACCUCGGUGUCAGAAGUGUAGAAACAGGGAGAUGGUGUUACUAGUAUGGCUGAUCGGUGUAAAUAUUGAUAUAUUAUUUCACCAGCAAGGUCCCUAUACCUGUAUUGUCUGAUUUUCUUAUUUCAGCUUGUGUGCGAAUGGAUGUUAAUUUUCAGGCAUUUUAUUUACUUGGCUUUUUAGAGGAUUGUAAGGGACACGGACUCAGUUGGAACAGUGUUUCAUAUCUUCCCCUUUUCCUCCUUUCCUUGCUGAUUUUAUCAGUGUUACCCCAGCCCUUUUAGUGGCCACAUGUCUUUCUAUGGUCAUAGUUUCCAUGAAACUGUUGUCAUGUAGGCUGUUUAUUGAAGAUAUCAUAGUUUGUCCUGAUUUUUUUUUUUGUCAGUCUGUGCCUGUCUAAUCAUGAAUAUUUAAUGCAUAUUACCUGUUAGUUUACUUACAGUGGUGCCAUUGUCUUGUUUUCUGCCUUUUUAGCUCCUUAAACUAAGCUAAGUUACAGUACUGUGCUCUAAUCAUGAAAAUGCUGAUGUGUAAUUGAACUCUCCUAAUCUUAUGUUUUUUUUUCAUAAUGUGUAAGCUGGUCUUUAUCAGUUCUGUCUUUGAUGUCUGAGCAUUCCUACAGUACUGUUACGUUCAAUAGGUGUCAUUCUGUUACUGUCUGCGUUGAGUUUGUCUCUCAGGUUGGGUUAAGUAAAAGCAUCAUUUGGUCCUCUCCUCUCGUACAGUGUUGGGCCACUGAGUUGUGAACAGUGGGUGAAAAGGGGUGUGUUUUAUUAUUUGAGACUAGUUACACACAUUGGACUAAUGUUUGACUCAGAAGCCCAGCUUUUGGCUCUUUGGAUGCAAACCUUUUUUUUUUUCUUUUUUUUUCUUGGGGACACGUUCUUGUGUUAAUCCUCGUUUUUACUACAUAAUGAACCCACUGUACCACCGCUUCAGAAACCACUGUGAGUAUUCCGUUAGUUGCUGGCUUACUGGAACAAUGAUGGGUACUGGAUGUAUACGUAUAUUUUUAAAAGAUACUUUAUUUUUUCACGUCAGUAAAACAACUGAUGUUAAUAUUCUAGAUACUGUAUCUAUUUAGCUGAGAAUGGGUCUUGUAGAUGCCGUUGUAUAACGCAUGUAAAUAUCUACUGGGUCAGAAUUUGUCUUUGUCAUAGUUCUCAUUUUUACUAUAUAUGAGAUGUGUAGCGUUCCUUUUUUUUUUUUUUUUUUUUUAAGAAAUCCUUCACUGUCUCCUUCUAUAUGACCAAAUACAUUUUAAGAUGGAUGUGAAUAAUCUGUUUGCUAUGUUUCAUGUACAUGUAUUAAGUAAAUAAGAAUGGACAGUGAACUUGGCAUUUGUGCCUUACCUGAGAACAAGGGAAUCUUCCAAGCUUUUCUAGAAAUUGGACUAGUCUGUGCAAUAUCUGCCUUAAACUUGUGAUGUGUGAUUGUUUUUCCCUUCCUUUUGUACAAACAUUUCAGAGAAAUAAAACUCAAAUUUUCAUAUAAAAA